AUGGGAAGGUGGGUGGAUGCAAAAGCCGAGCCAGGAGUGCCGGGGAGGCCGGACACGCGGCUGCACUUUGGACCCUGCCAGGCCGACCUGCAGUUGGCGUGUGCCGAGUUUGUGGCCCGGCCUGCAGGAAUCUGCUCCAUGAUGAAACUCCCUGUCCAGACCUCAGCCACGGGGUUGGAUGCGGCAUUUAUCGGCGUCCCUCUGGACAUCGGCACGUCUAACCGCCCAGGAGCCAGGUUCGGUCCUCGCCACAUCCGCGCCGAGUCGGCGAUGCUGCGACGCUACAACCCAAGCACCGGGGCUGCCCCGUUCGACUCCCUCCUGGUGGCUGACGUUGGGGACGUGAACGUGAACCUCUACAACCUGCCCGACAGCUGCCGGCGCAUCCGUGGGCACUACGCAGAGAUAGUGGCUUCUGGCUGUGUGCCCCUCACCCUGGGUGGCGAUCACACCAUAACGUACCCGAUCCUGCAGGCUGUGGCAGAAAAGCACGGCCCCGUGGGGCUGGUGCACGUGGACGCUCACGCUGACACCGGUGCUGCGGCGCUGGGCGAGCCCAUCUACCACGGCACCCCUUUCCGGCGCUGCGUGGACGAAGGGCUGCUGGACUGCAGGCGCGUGGUGCAGAUCGGCCUCCGCGGCUCCUCCUACGCCCCCGAUGGCUACCAGUACAGCCGGGAGCAGGGUUUCCGCGUCGUCCUGGCUGAAGAGUGUUGGCUGAAGUCACUGGUGCCGCUCAUGGAGGAGGUGAGGGAGCAGAUGGGGGACAAACCCGUCUACAUCAGCUUCGACAUCGACAGCCUCGACCCUGCGUACGCCCCGGGGACGGGGACGCCCGAGAUAGCUGGGCUCACGCCCGCCCAGGCCUUGGAGAUCAUCCGUGGCUGCAGAGGUCUGAAUGUAGUGGGUUGUGACCUCGUCGAAGUGGCACCAAUAUAUGACGUCUUGGGUAACACGGCCCUCUUGGGGGCAAACCUGCUCUUUGAAAUGCUGUGCGUUCUUCCCAAAGUGAAAACCCUGUAAGGGCAGCACC